AUGCUGGCGCGCAAAGCAGACUUUGUAAAGCAUCUGGCUUUGUGCAAGGCAAAACACUCUGCCAUAACCCCCGUCAUCCCAAAUCCAGCAAUCCCCAUCAUCCCAGAUACAUCGACGCCCGUCAUCCCAGAUCCAGCAAUCCCCAUCAUCCCAGGGCGAAAGAUGCAAAGGGUCCGUUUAGAGCCUGUACUCAAGAAGAAAUGUCCCAUAUGCCAUGUUCUCAUGAAUAAAAAAAAUGUGAAAAGGCACAUGGAAAGAAAGCACUCUGCCAAACAAAAGGACAUAACCGCAAGUUCACACCUACCGAGUGAAUGCAUAGAUCCUGAACAUGGAGUCUAUGCUGUCCACAAAGCCUUCCAUGGAACAAGUACUCCUCUGCAUGUUCAGAAUAAAGUGUGGUGAGAAAAUCAGCAUGUGUCUUGUGAAAACAAUGACUGCCAGGUGAACCUGGAGUUGGCAUGGAGGAGUGGAAUUAAAGCCUAUCAAUGUACACAUUUAAAAUCCAUAACCUACUGUUCAUCCUAUGCCUCCCCUACUGAGCUUGAUGAAGAAACUCUAACGGAGAUGGUGAACAACAAAUGGUUUGGUGAAGAUAAAAAGAGCCUCUGCCUCGUUCGGCAAAACCUUGCCAAAUAUAACCACGUCCCUUUAUCUGUGUACUCGAAAACUGGAACCCCGAAGACAACAAAAUAUGUAUCCAUAUAUGAGCCUACGGUUUCAUAUUACAGUCGAUUGGGAAGAGUCAUGGUGUCGUACGACACAAAGAAGAAUUUGUGGCACUGUCCUUGUGCAAGGACAAAGAUAUCAUGCCCACACAAAUACAUUGCAAAAUGGCACUUAUUUCAGACACACCGUGAACUAUUCAGGAAAGUCAGAAGCACAGAGGAGGUGGACGGCCUGAGUGCAGCAGCAUCAACAGAGGACGAACACAGUCAUGAUGAGGCUGAUCUGGGCGAUGUUCCAUAUCCACCAAAAGAUGUCCAAAAAUUGCAAGGCAUGACCCAAUAUAUUCUGAGUCACAAAAAGUUACCUGCUGUUCUGCCAGAACAUUUGCGGCUUCCAUCAGUGGAAGUGCAAUAUUCAAGGCACCUCAUUCCAGAGGAGAUGAUGUGCCAGCACUGCCCAGGCAACGUGCCCUUGAGUGACCCAGUCCUCAUCACAAAUAAGGCCAAAAUCCUGACCAUGUCACAUAUUGUUAACGAUGUUUCUACCUACUGUAAAUCUUGCCAUCAAUGUGGAGCCCACUACCGGUACCAAGAGUGGAAAGACGGCAUUCACAAUUUUAAUGACCGGAUACUCCUAGAUCUCCCUUUAUGCCUAACCAUAAGGAACAUGCUUCAGGUCCAUACUGCAGUGAGCAGAGUGGUGGAGUAUUUGGAAUUGACUUCAGGAGAGCAGUUCCCCUCAGCUGAUAAAGUUAUUCACGGGUAUCUUCACUUCGAAGCCCUUACAGAACAUGAUUACCAGUAUUCUUGUGUGAGCUGUGGUGAUCAUCCACCAGUGGUCAUCAUGGACCUCCAUAGGAAGGGGGCCUUCCAUUUGUCAGUAAGUGACCUUCCACAACCUCCGGUGGACUUCAAUGGAGAGGUUGAUAUGGAAUGUUUUUGGGACGCACUUUCAAUGGAAAGGAUCGGUCGAGGAUUUGUAAAAAGUCAGCAAAAAAAUCAAUUUGCAGUACCACCCACUUUCCACUUUUGGGCACCGUGGAUAGGAAAAAAUACACGCCGCUCAAACCAUGUCCUCAACACAGAAUUUGCUAAAGUCCGUCCACAAAAACCAGCUGAGGUCCAGGAAAUAACCAUCACAGAAGACCGAUUGAGAGAGGAACUGCACAACCAGAAUGUUGAAGUGGUGCAGACGUUAUGCAGGGAGUGUGGAUUGGAUUCCUCUGGAUCGCGCUCUGACCUCCUCCUGAGAUUGUCCAAUGAAAUACAGUCAAGACAAACCUACGACAAGGUUUUCCAAAAAAUGUGGGCGAACUCAGGUGGUUGGGUUGUGAUUAUGUGCCCGUGCGGCAUUGUUUACAGUAUCAAGUGUAACAUUAGAGCAGAAAGCCCACGUGACUUCACAGACCUCCUGCUUUCUUGGAAACACAUGCCAAAUAUUGUCAUAUAUGACUUUGCACGUGGACUAGCAACACACAUGAAUCUCAGAGAACCAGAAAAGUUGCCCUUCACACCAUUUGAAGGACGGUUACUGGCCCCAACUCCAGAUAACAUCACACAAGCAAAAGAGGGAAAACUGAAGGUGUCACUGCCUUGGCUGAACUGCAAAAAACUGGACCCCGACCCUGAAUGCCACCCAAUAACCGGCUCAGCUGAGCAUUAUGCUCUGUAUGACCGAUUCCAUGAGGACAAUACAAAGGAUGCCCGCGAUGCCCUGCGGAGGCUUGGCCUGGUCCCACAACUUGCUGGAAAAAUAAAUAGCCAAGUAGCAGAACAGCUAUUUGCAAGGAUGAAAAAAAACAAUUACUUCCUAAACAUGGCUUUACCAACAACCCAUCUGUUCCUGAUGAGGAAUAUCAUCCACCAUCACAAUGUUCACAAAAACAAACAGCGACUGGACAAAAUAAAAAAGACUUUUCAAACCGACAUAUCAAUCAACAUCCACAACCAGGCAGUGUUGGUUUCAGCAGAUGCAGUACCCCCGACAGAAGCCAUCGCUGUGCCCCUGACAGAAGCCAUCGCCGUGCCCCUGACAGAAGCCAUCGCCGUGCCCCUGACAGAAGCCAUCGCCUUGUCCCCGACAGAGGCCCUCAGCUAUUCGGCAACAGUGAAGCCCUGGGAAAAAGACAGGAAUCAUAUCCAGGACCAACUGCUCAAUUACGUGUUGGACACUGCAAGGCCUGGAUCAGAGAUCCUUGUGAAAGAAGGGCACACAUGUAUCACACGAGAAGAAUUCUGGAGCCUGGGGUUGGGAAGAAACAUGGAUGCUCAUAUUGGGAAUGCCUGCAUGAAAUGGAUUCACGAAGCAGCUCGGCAACACGGCAAAGACAUUUAUAUAGAGGACAUGUACAUUGUUCCUACUUGGAAGAACAGACAAAGCAACAUGGUUGCCAACUUUCCGGAGGAUAUCAACAUGAAAGACUUCUUAGUCUUUCCGGCAUGGACCAAUGCAAAUGGGCCAGGACACUUUGUACUCUGUAUCAUGAAGCCACUCCUGAGAGAGAUGAUCUUUUUAGACUCGCAGUACACCAUGCACGAGUCUGGGUUUGGUGAUGCUGAGUACAGAGCAAUGUUUAGGUCAACAGAUAAGACAUACUGUUCGCCACGUUCAUAUGGCACAUUACAUUUUGGCUACGUUCCUAUAGCCUGUACUGAAAUCUUGCUCAGCAGAUUAAUCCUGGGAGCUGGACAGAGAAGACUGGGCAUGAUAUUGCGGCAUGGCCAAAGGUUUGACUUCUGGACUCUGGAGGCCAGAAGCUUGCUGGAGGGAACCCUUCAGCCAGUGUUCAGAGUGCCACGACAGGUUAUCUCCCUGGAGAGGGAACAGCAGACCCCGCCUCACCCCCAGUGA